AUGGAGGAGAACAAGUCAGUCCAUACGAAAUCUGAAGCUCCGGCUGCAGAACAGAUUGAAACUAGCGAGAAGCAAGUCUCCAACCUCCAUGUUGAUGCGGAAGAACAUGGCCACGCCGUGAAAGGGGACGAUUCCGAUGGAGUAAUCCAAUGGACUGCGAAGCAUGCUAUUGCCUCCCUAUCACUCGCUGGACUUUAUGUUGGUAGGUGUUUGCUUUCACCUGGCGAUGUACAGAAGAAAAUUCAGGCUGACAGCGUGGACACAGGCGCUCAAAUUCCCCUCUACUUCGUUGGAGGGUCUCUGACAUUCAUUGUCCAUGAUAUUGGGUCUCCGGAGAAGUCCUCCUGGCUGCCGGUAGCCAACACUCUAGCAAUCGCUUCUAUCGCUCCAUUCGUUGGAUAUCUGCAAGAUAUCUUUGGACGUCGAAACAUGUCCCUUUUAGGGGGCGUCGCCAUUAUGGUCGGGAUUGUCCUUAUUGGUACGGCUCAUGGAUUCGGUCAGGCUGUUACUGGGAUGUCCAUAGCUGGUGCUGGUGGAGCUGUUGGCGAGCUCACCGCACUUGCCGGAACCGCCGAACUUGUUCCUGUCAAGCAGCGUGGCCUCUACCUAGCAAUGGUGACAUUCUUUGUGGUGCCAUUCGUACCUUAUGUGAUGUACAGUCAGCUUCUAAGUACUUACCACACCUGGAGAUGGGGCAUGUGGAUCUCUCUGAUCUACAAUGGCAUUUGCUUCCUUGGAAUUGCUUUCACUUACUUUCCAGUUGCUACUAGGAGAGGAGACGGAGCCACGAAAAUGGAAAUCGUGAAAAGCAUUGAUUACGUGGGAGGUUUCUUGUCAAUCACUGGUUUAACCCUCUUCCUUGUGGCUCUCCAAGCCGGUGGGUAUUCCCAUCCCUGGACCUCAGCCUAUGUCCUCUGUACCCUACUUAUCGGUCUCGCACUUAUCUUGGUUUUCAUCUUGUGGGAGUACAAGUUUGCCAAAAAUCCAAUGGUACCGCGCCAGCUAUUUCGAGGCCAAAGAACUGUGGCUGUCUCAUACAUGGUGGCUUUCGUUGGUGGUAUGAACUUCUUUUCAUCGCUCAACUUCUUUCCACUCGAAGCGUCUACUGUGUUUUCGCCAGAUCCAGUACAAGUCGGAUUGAAAGGCUUGGCUGGGGGCUUAGGGGUUACAAUGGGAGCCACCCUCGUCAAUGCCGCCUUGUCAUGGUUUAAGGGAUGGAGUCGAGAGUUGCUGGUCGGCUCAUGUAUCUUGAUGACCGCAUUCGGAGGAGCUAUGGGAGCUGUGACUCCUGAUACACCCGACAGACUCUACAUUUUCGCCAUCCUUUCUGGGUUUGGCAUUGGCGGUGUCCUUGUGCCGGCAGCCACGAUCGCUAUCACUGUUGCGCCUGAUGAGGUGAUUGCCACUGCUGUUGCUCUGUCACUUUCUAUCAGGGUUGUGGGUGGAUCAAUCGGCUACAGCAUUUACUACAACAUCUUCUACCACAAACUCGAGACUCAGCUUCCCAUAGAAAUUGCUCAGGCAGCAAUUAAAGCUGGAUUGCCACUCACAUCAGCCGAAUCCUUUGUCGGAGCAUUCCUCUUGGAUCCCGCUGCCCUUGCAACCAUUCCAGGAGUCACCCCCGCGGUAGUAGAGGCCGCUACCAUUGGCACUCGUUCGGCAUAUGCCUACGCCCUUAAGUAUGUUUGGUUCACCAGUAUUGGGUUUGGUGUUUGUGCGAUUAUCGCCUGCCUUUUCCUCGGGAAUGUCAAGAAGUAUAUGACAAACCGUAUUGCAGCUCAAAUCGUGCACUGA